GUUGCCCAACUGGCAGAUCACCGCAAGGUUGGGCGCUAUGCAGCAGAACGGGCAUUAUCUCGUUUGAAUCCACAAACGGUGAUAACAGGUCAAUAUCCCAUUUUGUUUGAAGCACCAGUUGCCUUAGGCUUGAUGAGAGCAUGGGUUGCCGCGGUGAGUGGUGGUGCUUUGUAUCGUGGAAAUACUUUUCUUCAAAAGAGUAUUGAAACGCAAGUUUUUUCUGACCACAUUUCUAUCGAUGAAAAUCCUUUUAUCAAUGGUGCUAAUGCUUCGCGUUGGUUUGAUGAUGAAGGGGUAGCAACUCAAGCUCGUACGGUGGUUAAUCAAGGGGUGUUGCAAGGCUAUUUUUUAAGUACGUAUUCUGCUAAAAAACUGGGUAUGCAAACUACAGGAAAUGCAGGAGGUGCACAUAAUUUGCACUUGAAAUCGGCCACAACUAAAAAAACGGACGAUUUGGUGAGUUUGAUUCGAAGCAUGGAUAGGGGGGUUUUGAUUACAGAAUUAAUGGGGGAUGGUAUUAACCGAGUGACGGGAGAUUAUUCACGAGGAGCUUCAGGUUAUUGGGUUGAGCAUGGCGUGAUUCAAUAUCCUGUGGCAGGUAUCACAAUAGCUGGUAACCUAAAAGACAUGUUUAAACAGAUUGUCAAGGUUGGGAGUGAUGUCUUUAAUAGUGGUGCAUAUAGCUCUGGUUCAAUUUUGUUAGAAGAGAUGAUGUAUCAAACUGAGUAUGCUCAAGCCCAAAAAGAGGCGAUGACUAAAGCCACAGCGGCUAUGCAGGCUAAUCAAGAUGCUCAGUUCAAGGCAGCACUUGACAAGAACCCUCUAGGGAGGCAAAGAUACAAUGAAGAAUUAGCCAAGAUGAACAAGCUCGAACAAAGUUAUCGUAAGACG